AUGCUGAAGUUCAAGUAUGGAGCACGGAAUCCGCUGGACGCCGGUGCUGUUGGAUCCAUUGCUAGCCGGGCCUCCAGGCUGAAUCUUUUCUUCCAGGGGAAACCAUCCUCCAUGACUCAACAGCAGAUGGCUCUUCUUUCCCGAGAAGCGAUAUUAGAUGCCCUCUUUGUUCUCUUUAAAGAAUGCAGUCAGCCGGCUCUGAUGAAGAUUAAGCACGUGAGCAACUUUGUCCAGAAGUAUUCUGAUAUCAUAGCUGAGUUGCAAGAGCUCCAACCUUCAGUGAAGGACUUUGAAGUGAGAAGUGUCGUAGGCUGCGGUCACUUUGCUGAAGUACAGGUGGUCAGAGAGAAAGCAACUGGGGAUGUCUAUGCCAUGAAAGUCAUGAAGAAGAAGGCCUUGUUGGCCCAGGAGCAGGUCUCAUAUUUCGAGGAAGAACAGAACAUAUUAUCUCGGAGUACAAGUCCUUGGAUCCCCCAGUUGCAGUACGCCUUUCAGGACAAAAAUAACCUUUAUUUGGUCAUGGAAUAUCAGCCUGGAGGGGAUUUGCUGUCACUUUUGAAUAGAUAUGAAGACCAAUUAGAUGAAAAUAUGAUUCAGUUUUACCUAGCUGAACUGAUUUUGGCUGUCCACAGUGUUCAUCAGAUGGGAUAUGUGCAUCGAGACAUCAAGCCCGAGAACAUCCUCAUUGACCGAACUGGACACAUCAAGCUGGUGGAUUUUGGAUCAGCUGCUAAAAUGAACUCAAAUAAGAUGGUAAAUGCCAAACUCCCGGUUGGGACUCCAGAUUACAUGGCCCCUGAAGUGUUGACUGUGAUGAAUGGGGAUGGAAAAGGUGCCUAUAGCCUAGACUGUGACUGGUGGUCAGUGGGAGUUAUUGCUUAUGAGAUGGUUUAUGGAAGAUGCCCAUUCACUGAAGGAACCUCAGCCAAAACCUUCAAUAACAUCAUGAAUUUCCAGCGAUUCUUGAAGUUUCCAGAUGACCCCAAAGUUAGCAGUGAAUUGCUUGAUCUAAUCCAGAGUUUGUUGUGUGGCCAGAAAGAGAGGCUGAAGUUUGAAGGCCUUUGCUGUCAUCCUUUCUUCUCCAAAAUCGACUGGAGUAACAUUCGUAACUCUCCUCCCCCCUUCGUUCCCACCCUCAAGUCUGAUGAUGACACCUCCAAUUUUGAUGAACCAGAGAAGAAUUCGUGGGUUUCAUCCUCUCCGUGCCAGCUGAACCCCUCAGGUUUCUCGGGCGAAGAACUGCCGUUUGUGGGGUUUUCGUAUAGCAAGGCACUGGGAAUUCUUGGUAGAUCUGAGUCUGUUGUGUCAAGUCUGGACUCCCCUGCCAAGACUAGCUCCAUGGAAAAGAAACUUCUUAUCAAAAGCAAAGAGCUGCAAGACUCCCAGGACAAGUGUCACAAGAUGGAGCAGGAAAUGACCCGGUUACAUCGGAGAGUGUCAGAGGUGGAGGCUGUGCUUAGUCAGAAGGAGGUGGAGCUGAAGGCCUCUGAGACUCAGAGAUCCCUCCUGGAGCAGGACCUUGCUACCUACAUCACAGAAUGCAGUAGCUUAAAGCGAAGUUUGGAGCAAGCACGGAUGGAGGUGUCCCAAGAGGACGACAAAGCACUGCAGCUCCUCCAUGAUAUCAGAGAGCAGAGCCGGAAGCUCCAGGAAAUCAAAGAGCAGGAGUACCAGGCUCAAGUGGAAGAAAUGAGGUUGAUGAUGAAUCAGUUGGAAGAGGACCUGGUUUCGGCGAGAAGGCGGAGUGACCUCUAUGAAUCGGAGCUCAGAGAGUCUCGGCUGGCUGCUGAAGAGUUUAAGCGGAAAGCAACAGAAUGUCAGCAUAAACUGAUGAAGGCUAAAGAUCAAGGGAAGCCUGAAGUGGGAGAAUAUGCCAAACUGGAGAAGAUCAAUGCUGAGCAGCAGCUCAAAAUUCAGGAGCUCCAAGAGAAGCUAGAAAAGGCCGUGAAAGCCAGCACAGAGGCUACCGAGCUGCUACAGAACAUCCGUCAGGCGAAAGAGCGGGCCGAGCGUGAGCUGGAGAAGCUGCACAACCGCGAGGACUCCUCCGAGGGCAUCAAGAAGAAGCUGGUGGAGGCCGAGGAACGCCGCCACUCUCUGGAGAACAAGGUAAAGAGGCUAGAGACCAUGGAGCGUAGAGAAAACAGACUGAAGGAUGACAUCCAGACAAAGUCCCAACAGAUCCAGCAGAUGGCUGAUAAAAUUCUGGAGCUGGAGGAGAAGCACAGGGAAGCCCAGGUCUCAGCCCAGCAUCUGGAGGUGCACCUGAAACAGAAAGAACAGCACUAUGAAGAAAAAAUUAAAGUGUUGGACAAUCAGAUAAAGAAAGACCUAGCCGACAAGGAGACACUGGAGAACCUGAUGCAAAGACACGAAGAGGAGGCCCAUGAGAAAGGCAAAAUUCUCAGCGAGCAGAAGGCGAUGAUCAAUGCCAUGGAUUCCAAGAUCAGAUCCCUGGAACAGAGGAUAGUGGAAUUGUCGGAAGCCAAUAAACUUGCGGCCAACAGCAGUCUUUUUACCCAGAGGAACAUGAAGGCCCAGGAAGAGAUGAUUUCAGAACUCAGGCAACAGAAGUUUUACCUGGAGACACAAGCUGGGAAAUUGGAGGCCCAGAACCGGAAGCUGGAGGAGCAGCUGGAAAAAAUAAGCCACCAAGACCACAGUGACAAGAACCGUCUGCUGGAGCUGGAGACCAGGCUGAGGGAGGUCAGCCUAGAGCAUGAAGAGCAGAAACUGGAGCUCAAGCGCCAGCUCACAGAGCUGCAGCUCUCCCUGCAGGAGCGUGAAUCCCAGCUGGCAGCCCUGCAGGCUGCACGGGCGGCCCUGGAGAGCCAGCUCCGCCAGGCCAAGACGGAGCUGGAAGAGACGACCGCAGAAGCAGAGGAAGAGAUCCAGGCGCUUACGGCACAUAGAGAUGAAAUCCAGCGCAAAUUUGAUGCCCUUCGUAACAGCUGUACUGUGAUCACAGACUUGGAGGAGCAGCUAAACCAGCUGACAGAGGACAACGCCGAGCUCAACAACCAAAACUUCUACUUGUCUAAACAACUUGAUGAGGCCUCUGGUGCCAACGAUGAGAUCGUGCAGCUGCGAAGUGAAGUGGACCACCUCCGCCGCGAGAUCACCGAGAGGGAGAUGCAGCUCACUAGCCAGAAGCAAACGAUGGAGGCGCUGAAGACCACGUGCACAAUGCUGGAGGAGCAGGUCAUGGACCUGGAGGCCCUGAACGACGAGCUGCUGGAGAAGGAGCGGCAGUGGGAGGCCUGGAGGAGCGUCCUUGGUGAUGAGAAGUCCCAGUUUGAGUGUCGGGUUCGAGAGUUGCAGAGGAUGCUGGACACCGAGAAGCAGAGCAGGGCGAGGGCCGACCAGCGGAUCACUGAGUCGCGCCAAGUGGUCGAGCUGGCAGUGAAGGAGCACAAGGCCGAGAUCCUGGCCUUGCAGCAGGCUCUCAAGGAGCAGAAGCUAAAGGCUGAGAGCCUCUCCGACAAGCUCAAUGACCUGGAGAAGAAGCACGCCAUGCUUGAAAUGAAUGCCCGAAGUUUACAACAGAAGCUGGAGACGGAACGAGAGCUCAAACAAAGGCUUCUGGAAGAGCAAGCCAAGUUACAGCAGCAGAUGGACCUGCAGAAGAAUCAUAUUUUCCGUCUGACUCAAGGGCUGCAAGAAGCUCUGGAUCGGGCUGAUCUGCUGAAGACAGAAAGGAGUGACCUGGAAUAUCAGCUGGAAAAUAUUCAGGUUCUCUAUUCUCAUGAGAAGGUGAAAAUGGAAGGCACUAUUUCCCAACAAACCAAACUCAUCGAUUUUCUGCAAGCCAAAAUGGACCAACCCGCCAAAAAGAAAAAGGGUUUAUUUAGUCGACGGAAAGAGGACCCUGCUUUGCCCACACAGGUUCCUCUGCAGUACAAUGAGCUGAAGGUGGCUCUGGAGAAGGAGAAAGCUCGCUGCGCAGAGCUCGAGGAAGCCCUGCAGAAGACGCGCAUCGAGCUCCGCUCCGCCCGGGAGGAAGCUGCCCACCGGAAAGCCGCGGACCACCCACACCCAUCUACGCCGGCUACCGCCAGGCAGCAGAUCGCCAUGUCCGCCAUUGUGCGGUCACCCGAGCACCAGCCCAGCGCCCUGAGCCUGCUCGCCCCACCGUCCAGCCGCAGGAAGGAGUCUUCCACCCCAGAGGAAUUCAGCCGGCGUCUUAAGGAGCGCAUGCACCACAACAUCCCUCACCGGUUCAACGUGGGACUGAACAUGCGAGCCACGAAGUGUGCCGUGUGUCUGGAUACCGUGCACUUCGGACGCCAGGCAUCCAAGUGUCUCGAAUGUCAGGUCAUGUGCCAUCCCAAGUGCUCCACGUGCUUGCCAGCUACCUGUGGCCUGCCAGCUGAAUAUGCCACACACUUCACCGAGGCCUUCUGCCGUGACAAGAUGAACUCCCCAGGCCUUCAGUCCAAGGAACCCAGCAGCAGCUUGCACCUGGAAGGGUGGAUGAAGGUGCCCAGGAAUAACAAGCGAGGACAGCAAGGCUGGGACAGGAAGUACAUUGUCCUGGAGGGCUCCAAAGUCCUCAUUUAUGACAACGAAGCCAGAGAAGCUGGACAGAGGCCGGUGGAAGAAUUUGAGCUGUGCCUUCCCGACGGGGACGUGUCUAUUCAUGGCGCCGUUGGUGCUUCUGAACUUGCAAACACAGCCAAAGCAGAUGUCCCCUAUGUCCUGAAGAUGGAGUCUCACCCCCACACCACCUGCUGGCCCGGGAGGACCCUCUACUUGCUGGCUCCCAGCUUUCCCGACAAGCAGCGCUGGGUCACCGCCUUAGAGUCAGUUGUGGCAGGUGGGAGAGUGUCUAGGGAAAAGGCAGAAGCUGACGCUAAAUUGCUCGGAAACUCCCUGCUGAAACUGGAAGGUGAUGACCGACUGGACAUGAACUGCACGCUGCCCUUCAGCGACCAGGUGGUGCUGGUGGGCACCGAGGAAGGGUUGUAUGCGCUGAAUGUCUUGAAGAACUCCCUCACCCACGUCCCAGGAAUUGGAGCAGUCUUCCAGAUUUACAUCAUCAAGGACCUGGAGAAGCUCCUCAUGAUCGCAGGAGAGGAGCGGGCCCUGUGUCUCGUGGAUGUGAAGAAGGUGAAGCAGUCCCUUGCGCAGUCUCACCUCCCCGCCCAGCCAGACAUCUCGCCCAACAUCUUUGAAGCGGUCAAGGGCUGCCACUUGUUUGCUGCUGGCAAGAUUGAGAGCGGGCUCUGCAUCUGUGCAGCCAUGCCCAGCAAAGUUGUCAUUCUCCGCUACAAUGAAAACCUCAGCAAGUACUGCAUUCGGAAAGAGAUCGAGACCUCGGAGCCCUGCAGCUGUAUCCACUUCACCAACUACAGUAUCCUCAUCGGAACCAAUAAAUUCUACGAAAUCGACAUGAAGCAGUACACGCUGGAGGAAUUCCUGGAUAAGAACGACCAUUCCUUGGCGCCUGCCGUGUUUGCCUCCUCUUCCAACAGUUUCCCCGUGUCCAUCAUGCAGGUGAACGGCGCGGGGCAGCGGGAGGAGUUCCUGCUGUGUUUCCACGAAUUCGGGGUGUUCGUGGAUUCUUACGGAAGACGCAGCCGCACAGAUGAUCUCAAGUGGAGUCGCUUACCUCUGGCCUUCGCCUACAGAGAACCCUAUCUGUUUGUGACUCACUUCAACUCACUCGAAGUAAUUGAGAUCCAGGCCCGCUCCUCUCUGGGGACCCCCGCCCGCGCAUAUCUGGAAAUCCCCAACCCACGCUACCUGGGCCCUGCCAUCUCCUCAGGAGCCAUCUACCUGGCAUCCUCAUACCAGGAUAAGUUAAGGGUCAUCUGCUGCAAAGGAAACCUGGUGAAGGAGACCGGCACUGACCACCACCGUGGCCCGUCCACCUCCCGCAGCCCCAACAAGCGCGGCCCGCCGACCUACAACGAGCACAUCACCAAGCGCGUGGCCUCAAGCCCGGCGCCUCCCGAAGGCCCCAGCCACCCUCGAGAGCCAAGCACACCCCACCGCUACCGCGAGGGGCGGACCGAGCUGCGCAGGGACAAGUCUCCGGGCCGCCCCUUGGAGCGCGAGAAGUCCCCCGGCCGGAUGCUGAGCACGCGGAGGGAGCGCUCCCCCGGGCGGCUGUUUGAGGACAGCAGCAGGGGCCGGCUGCCCGUGGGGGCCGUGAGGACCCCGCUGUCCCAGGUCAACAAGGUCUGGGACCAGUCUUCAGUAUAA